AGAACUCUACAAAACGCAGAGCAACUCAGCCUGCGAAAACAAACGGAAGGCAACAAUACAAACACAGUCGAAACAAAUUAUUAGACACAGACGUAAUAUAUAUGCGUAAAAAAAAAACUAACUGGCAACAUUAAUAGUUGCGUGCGCUAAGGCCAAAUGUCAAGAAAAAAAACAACCAAAAAGAGUCGCAUCAAAUAAAAAUUGAGUGUAAAGUGAUUUUCGACAAUGACAUCGGUUAUAUAUGUGGAUUUGAGCUCGGAUUCGGAGGAAGAGGGGCCACCCAAUGCGAAGCGGGCGCGAGUGGAACAGACCAAAAUGGCCACAUCAAAAGUGAUUCCAACCAAACUGUUGCACGCCCCAAAAACAUUGUCCGCCGUUGGGAUCAAAUCCACUCCAAUUGCAACAACAACAAUAACAACAGGAACCACUGUUACUGGGACAGUAGUGGGAACUUACAGACCGAUGCACAUUCCCAGCGGUAUAACGGUCACAAAGCACAACAACAGCAACGGCAACUUGAACAACAACAAUGACAAUAACAACAAUAAUAAUAACAACAACAAUAUCUUAAAAUCAAAACCAAUUAAAGUGGCAAGUGUUGGGCAAAAUGUGACAAUGUGGCCGAAAGCAACGACGACCACACUGGCGACCAUAACCAGUGUGCCCAGUCCACAGAUGCUUACGUCCAAAGUGGGAAACCAGAAGCCAACUGCCAACCAACAUCAACAACAACAAAAAUUGCCUGCAAAGCAGAAGCAAACUCAACAGAAAGUUGCAAUUUUGCAGCAGCAAAAGCCGGCAAUGCUGCAAGAGCAGCAGAAGACGACAGCAAUGCUCCAGUUGCAACAACUCGAACAGAAGGCAAUAAAUUCAGUUUCAACGGUGCACAAGACGACGGCAAUGUUGCAGCUGCAACAACUCGAGCAGAAGGCAAUAACUUCAAUUUCGACGGUGCAGAAGACGACGGCAAUGUUGCAGCUGCAUGAACUGCAACAGGCCAAGCAGAAGACAACAACGGCCACGUUGCAACAGCAGCAACACAAGACGCAACCACUGCAAAAGCAACUGCAACAGCAGCAGCAAAAGCCGCCAACGUCGACCCUAGUAAAUGCCAAGCCCAUGUUGAUGCAACAACAGAUGCAACAGCAAAAGACACAAACCAUAAUACAAAAAUUACCAGUUAAACAGAAGACGCCGCAGAUGCCACAGCGUUUGCUGCCCACGCUGCAGAAAAUGACAACGUUGCAACCAAAGUCGUCGGUCACUGGUGGCCAGAAGUUUCCGCCACCGGCGCACAGUGCACCCAACACGCACACGUUGCAUAAACAGAAGCAGCAGCAGUUGCCGCCGCCGCCAGCGCAUCAUUCAAUGAGCAGUGGAGCAGGCCAGCAGCCACCGUUGCUGGCCAAGCUGACUCCAAUGCCAAUGCUGAGCAAACAGCAGCAGCCGGCGCAGCCUGCGGUUUUGGUCAGCGCGGCGCGACAUUUGCCCUACGAGAUGAAGGCCGCAACAAAUACAGCAGCAACAACAGCAACAGCAAUAGCUAAAAGAAGUGUGCAACAUUCAUCGACAGCUGCCAUUACAACGCCCCUGCAGUCCAUAACAGCGGGCGCCACGCCCCCUUUGCGUUUGUUGGCGACGCCGCCGCAUUGCGCUGCAGCAUUAAAUGAGCCUCUGCUGCUCAAUUUGCCGCCGACGACGAGCAUCACGCCACAGUUGACGCCAACAACAACGCCGCCACCAGCAGCAGCAGCAGCAACGCCCUCCGUGGCAGCUGUUAAAAUGUCGUUUCCCGGCGCCAGCAUAUCGCCAGUGAAUAAGCCGCUGGCUAAGCGUGUGCAGCCCAUAACGGUGCUGAAGAAAUCCGACGAGGAGUGGCGCAGACAUCUCGCCCAACAACAGCAGCAGCAACAACAACAGAAGCAGCAACAGCAGCAGCUGCAGCAACAGAAGCCAAAGGAGCAGCCCACAAUUGUCCUAGUCGAAUCGCCGCCCACAACGCCGCCCACCGAAAAACUGGAAUCGGAGCAGGCCAAGAAAAAGGUGGCAAGCGAAACGAUUGCAGCAACAGCAGAAGCAGCAACAACAACAACAACAGUAGCUCCCCUCGUCACGGAAUAUGCGGCACUGUUGCAACUAUGCCGUGAGCUGGACAAAUCGAAGGAUAUGGAACGCUUGAUUGAGAUUAAAUUGAUGAAAUAUUAUUAUAGUGUGCACGAGAGUUUUGUGCGUUCGCGCGGCUUUCGCAAGCAACUGGAGCAGACGAUGGUGCGCAUGCGCAACGAGCCGGACAUGAUCUAUGUGCAUCUCAAGGGUGUCGUCGAGGAGCUCAAAGUGCGACGCAAAGCCAAAGCAGUGCAACUGCCCGACGCAGAGCAGCAGCCGCAGCAGGAGCCACCUGCAGUAACAGUAAAGCAGGAUCAGGAGCAGGAGCAAAAACCGAAUCUGAAGCAGGAGAAAGAUCAUAACGAAACAGUUGAGAUUGCUGCUGCUGCUGCCCCGGCAGUUACAGCAUCCAGCCAACCCACAACAACGGGCAAUAAGCGUACGGACGAGCGUAUACGGAAACUGAAUCGCACAUUGUACACGAUAACGAAACGUAUUGCUGUGCUGGAGGAGGCGGCUGUCGAUUGGAAUGACGAUGAUGACUCCAGUUAUCUGCAGGUGGAGCGCUACAAGAAGCGCGCCUGUCAAAUCUACGAGAAAAUCUGUGAUCUAACCGGUGAGAGUAAGAGCGCCCAUCGCCAGAUGAAGCAACCGAUUCUGUUUAAGGACACGGCAUAUCCGCAAUUCAAUCGCACGCUAUCCGCUUUUGUCAAUCGAAUGCACGAAUUUCCCGAUUACCACGAUGUGCUGCAGCUGCUCGAGCAUUGCAACAAGGACAAGAAUCUGGGACUGGCCACAUUCGAAAUGAAGCGCAUAGCUCAUGAUGCCUUUGUCAAGGUGGGUCGCCUGCUGCAGGCACGGCGCAGGACUGAUCUCUAUGAGACCGUUACACAUUUUACGGCCAAUUCAAAGGAUCCGGCGGCAUCGGAUUCCUCACUGCUGGCCAAGCUGAAUGACAACAACAAGAAGCAGACCAAGAUUAGUGAUAUCCUGGAAAAAUUUGCGCGCGAACAGGAUCUCACGACAGAGGAGCAGCGCGAAGCGCGCUUAAAGGAAAAACUACAACAACAGCAGCAGCAGCAGGUGGCAGCUGCGGAAUCGUCAGCGGAAACAGCAGCAGCAGCAACUGAUGAAACCACUGAUGCCUUCGAUGAUGAUAAGCCCUGCACCAGUGCACAAGCGGCACAAGCAGUAGCCCAAGAGCAGGCACAAACUGCCGUCGAUACGGUGAUGACCAAUGGUCUGAAAAUCGAGAUCGAGAAACGAGAUCUGGACAGCGAAAUGGAAGGCGACAGCGAUGACGAUGAGGAUGAGGAUGACGACGACGAUGAUGAAGAAUCGGAUGAGGAUGUCGAUGCCUUUGUGGACAGUUUCAAGGCCAAUGGCGAUUUGAGCGAUGCGGAAUCGGAAACGGAAGCGAAUGCAGCAGCACCAAAGACACCUGCCACUGACGCAGCUGCUCCUGUGAUAGUUAAUAAUGUAACGAGAGUCAAGACUGCUGCUGCGGCGCCCAAAUCUAACAAAGAUGAUGUUCAUCUGGAGAAUGCAACGGUUGCUGGCAAGGUGCUGUUCAAUGGCAGCCUAAAGGAUGCACCUGCCGCCCAUAUACUAAAGGUCAUGUCCGUUUCUAGUCUAAAUGCCACCAUAAACCAUCCCAGCAACAGCAAUGGAAAGCAAAGUAGUCCAGCGGAGCAGCAGCAGCAACAGCAGCAAAAGAAGCAACAACGACAACAAAUUUUAAUUGACACGGAAAUUGUCAUUUCGGAUGAGGAGUCAUAAUUGAUGUUUAUUCUUUACUCAACAAUCAAUUGGAGAGAAUGUUAGCUUAUUCAUUCAUUCAUUAUUAGUUAGAACAUAUUUAUUUAUCUCAUCUAUGCGCACACUUUGUUAAUUCUUUCAUUUACUACACACACACACACUCCAUUGACCGAUUUGUAUGUAUUAACUUUCAAUUUAAUAUGUUUUACGCGGCACGUUUUUGGAUGCUGUGUUCAAUGUAUUCUUCUUCUUCAUCUUUAAUUUUGUGCGCAAAAACUCUUAGAUAGUGUACAUAUGGAAUACAAAUACUACUACGCUUAAGUGUAUGUUUUCAAAAAACACGAACAUAACAUAAGAAAUAAAUGGAAAAUUGAAAAUAAA